GUUGCAGAAUGUAAUAUGGGGAAGUGUGUGUUUGUCACAGUGGGAACAACAAGCUUUGAUGAUCUGAUCUCCUGUGUGUCUGCUGAACACAACAUUACAAUCUUCAGAAAACUUGGCUAUAACAGACUAGUCCUACAGAUUGGCAGGGGAGAUGUGGAACCCAAACCAUUUACUACAGCUAAUUUCACCUUGGAUGUUUUCCGAUACAAAGACUCUCUGGCAGAAGACAUUAGGAACGCUGACCUAGUUAUCAGCCAUGCUGGAGCUGGAAGCUGCUUAGAAACCCUUGGAGAUGGUAAACCUCUGAUAGUUGUGAUUAAUGAAAACCUGAUGUCCAAUCACCAACUGGAACUAGCACAACAGCUUCAUAGAGAUGGGCAUCUUUACUACUGCACAUGCAGGUGGCAAGAGAUUCCUACAUACACUACAGCAAACUGAACGAAAGCCUCUUCAUACAAAAGCGACCAAAGAUGCAACUGAAGCCGUAGCCAGGUGACUUGAUGCUGCAGUUCUCAUAUAAUGCACUAAAAUACAUUAUAUAUACCUGUCUUGGUUUACAUGUAACAGUGACCAUGUCAGCAAAUAAACUAGACAUAUUAAUUAAAAUGUUGGACUUAUUCCUAUCUCUGUUAAAAUAUAAUACAUAAUACUCUGUUGUCUGGGUGCAUGUGUGUGUGUGAUUCUUUAGUUUUUUUAUAUCUAUAUGUGUGUGUUUGAAAUACAUUUUUUAAUGUGCCUCCAUUGCUAUCCCCUUGAACCCCCUUAGCAUGUAAGCCUAAGAGUCCAGCUGUUUGUAGAUCACCUUCUUUAGAGCUGACUACAACAGUGCGACUCUUGGCAGGGCCCUCUAUCCGUCUGAUCCAUAUAAAUGUUUUGUUGUAUUCCGCCUAAGUUUAUUAAGCCCCCGCGGAGGAUUAAGCCCCCACUUGAGGAUUAAGACCCCCUCCGGCAGUGCCCCCCUCUACAAAUAACCGAUAAUAAUAAUAGUGAUUUAAAUGAUAAACAGUAUAUGAUCAGGUGUAUAUGUAUGUAUUUCUAUUUGUAUGUAUAUAUAGAUAAUUACCUUGUAUACUGUAUAAGCCUCUGCAGACUGCCCCCUUAUUUCAGUUAUUUUGACAGACUUGGUGACUCCACUGGAGUGAGUACAAUAUUGUUAAUAUGGCACUCAUGAACUAGCGCUGUCUAGCUGUGAAAAAUUGUCAAAAUGCACUGAGAUAAGAGGCGCCCUUCAGGGGCUUAGAAAUUAGCAUCUGAGCCUACCUAGGUUUAGCUUUCAACAAAGAAUACCAAGAGAACAAGGCAAAUUUGAUUAUAAAUGUAAAUUGGAAAAUUGUUUAAAAUUGUAUGCCUUAUCUAAAUCAUGAAUGUUUAAUUUUGACUAGACUGUCCCUUUAAUAUAAUUUAUUCCCGUGUAAUUUACAUAACAAAGUUUUUGAUAAAGUACAAUUUUUGGUAAACAAUUUUGUUACGAAUCUUGAUGCACUUUAACAAUAAAAAAAUUUCUGCUUA